AUGCCGUUCGAAACAGCCCUCACAAAAGCCCUGGGCAUUCGAGUCCCGGUAGUCCAAGGCGGCAUGCAAUGGGUUGGCUACGCUGAAAUGGCCUCCGCCGUCAGCAACGCCGGCGGUCUAGGCAUCUUGACCAGCCUUACCCAACCAACGCCCGCCGACCUGCGCAAAGAAAUCCAAAAGACCAGGCGAAUGACUUCCAAGCCUUUUGGCGUCAACCUGACAGUACUGCCCACGCUCUCGCCACCACCGUACGGCGAGUACGCGCAGGUGAUCAUCGACGAAGGUAUCAAGAUUGUCGAGACGGCCGGGCUGGUCAAGGACUACGUCGCUAAAUUCAAAGCUGCGGGCUGCACGGUUCUGCACAAGUGCACGACCAUCAGGCAUUCCCUUUCCGCGGUGAAGAUGGGCGUGGACUUCAUCAGUAUCGACGGCUUUGAAUGCGCAGGCCACGUAGGGGAGCACGACAUCCCGAACUUUGUGCUGCUUAACCGCGCAAAAGAGCAGCUGCGGAAACCGAACGGGGAUCCAGUCCCUUACAUUGCCUCUGGAGGAAUGGCGAAUGGGAGUUCUCUGGCUGCUGCGCUCAGUCUGGGAGCUUGUGGGAUCAACAUGGGGACGAGAUUUAUGGCUACCGUCGAGGCGCCGAUUCAUCAUAAUAUCAAGCAGUCGAUCGUGAACGCCACUGAAGACGACACCGAUCUGCUCAUGAGGAGAUGGACGAACACGGCUCGUUUCUUUCGGAAUACGGUCACGCAAGCUGCUGCCAAGGUGGAGAAGGAGAGUACGUCGGGGAAGUUUGAGGAGAUUGCGGAUUACGUGUUUUUGAACGGAGAUCCGGACUACGGUGUCUGGACCGCAGGCAUCUGCAUCGGCCUCAUCCACGACAUCCCGACCUGCGACGAGCUGCUCAAGCGAAUAGAGACCGAAGCCCGAGACGCAGUCAUGGAACAAGCCUCCCUUUUCAAAGAAGACAGCAAAGCGAAGCUCUAA